ACUGCGCUCUAAUAUCGCAGAAUGCAAGCAAUGCUCACAGGAGUUUCCCCGAGGGCAGGAGCGAUCUCUCCCGGCUUGCGUAAACAUCGAUAACCGGUCCAACUCACUGAGUGAGGUGGAGGAGAUGUACUUCAACAGGAUGGCUGAGGGCAAGGAUGACCCUUUCCUGGAUUAUGAUGACUCUGCAACAGAUGCCACCAGCAGUACAGAGGAUAUUCCCUCCUUGGGUUCAUCAGUGCAAUUAAGUUCAAUGACCCUCAGGGAUCGUAGACUUUCCCGGUGUCCAGUAACCAGUAGUUCGGAAGAUGUUACCACUGUUUCAGGUUGCCCAGGACAACUCGGCAAAGUUGGAAAAAAUAAUGUUGUCACUCAGCUUACAGACUGCUGUCCUACACAUGAAACCAUGGAAAAUAAGAAUCCUUCCCUGCUUCUGAAAGCCAGUGGGUGUGGUUUGACGGAGGGAGAUGGAGUGGAUCAGAAUAACAGUGCAUCUGAUCUUGAGAAUCUAUCAGAUGGUGAAGAUCAGGAUUCGUUACCUUUGCUAAUCAGGUCCAUGUCCUGCUCCAGGAGGCACAGCUGGGAAGGCCCCUUAUCCCCAACAGCACUUGGAGACGUGAGGAGAAGGCUCAGCCUCGAUGUGCUUGGGAUUGACAGUGAUGGAGAAGGUGAACGAGAGGAUGAAGACCAGUUGGACCAGUCGGGCUACGAAUUAACCGAACCACUCAACGCCAACCCUGUCAGCGGAGAAAGUGAUAGGCAGGCACCUCGGGGUCAGGGGCAAGCCAACUCGAGCAUGUCGGAGGAUGAAAUAACCGAGCAGGUGAAAGAGGGUACGAAGAUGCGACCACGAUUAGAGACGUAUCUGUCCAAGGGAGCUGAGGGCCGUUCUUCAGCCCAAUGCAGAGAGUCCGAACUUGAAACUUCUCUGGAGAUUCAUGAGGAGAAGGAAAAUUUGGAGCCCAACCAUUUGCUGGUUCAACAAGUCCUGCAAGAACUGAAGGCCUUUCAUGGACACUGCAACGGUUCAGCAACCAGCGCAAGAACAGGAUCAGGAUCGGGUGCACUGUCUGGUUCAAACUCCCCCCAUGAUCUGACCUGGAUGGAAUUUCUCGCAGAAAAGGAGGGUGACGGCAAAAGUGAAAGACCCGAGAAAGAAACAAAAGUGAAAAGAACGUUAAGUUCCCUGAAGAACAGAGUGACCGGCUCCUUUAAGGACAAGGCUAAGACCAAAGAGAAAGAAAAGGAGAGUCCCAAAGAAAAGAGGAAGUGUAACAAUGGCCACUGCUUAGUGCCGGGAUCCUUCUCCAGCUCCACCAGCUGUACCCUGUGCAGCAAACCACUGAGUGGUAAAACCAGUUAUCAGUGUAUGAAUUGUGCAGUGAAUGUACACAAGAAUUGUCGGAUGCUUCUAGCUGAAUGUACAACUCCUAAGAGCAAGCAAAAGGAUUCCCAGCAAAAAUAUUCUGGAAGUCCACAGAACACUGCCCAGUCUGCGCCUUUAGUGAAGGAACAACCUCGGUGCUUACUGCUGGCCACUGAUGGCACGUCUGGAGCUGUGCGGAGUAUCGGCAUGACCGUUCCACCAAGGAGACCUUCCCAACCAUCUUCAACCAGUGUUACUAGCUACACCAAUCACGGAAUAACUGCAGGGGAGAUGGAGCAGGAAGUGGAGAAUGGAAUCCCUAAAACCAAGACUUCUGCUGAGGAAGCCCAGAGUCUAAUUUCGUCAUCCAUUGAGUCACUUGUGGCAGAAGACACCAUUUAUGCCUCUCUAAAGGCAGAGUUGGAGGCAGAUGGCCAAGAUUUCGAGGCUGAAUCGUGGAGUCUUGCAGUGGAUCAGGCAUACGCAAAGAAACAGAGCAAAGAAGUCAUCAAAAGACAGGAUGUCAUUUAUGAACUAAUGCAGACAGAGAUGCACCAUCUCCGAACUCUGAAAAUCAUGCUGCACGUAUACAAUCGGGGAAUGAAGGAGGAGCUCCAGCCCAGUGACAGACACCUUGUUGGCAAAAUCUUUCCCUGUUUACACCAGCUGCUGGAAAUCCACGGAGUUUUCUUUUCCAGGCUGAAGGAGCGGCGGAAAGAUUCCUUGGAGGAAGGGAGUGACCGGAAUUACCUCAUCCAGAAAAUUGGUGAUGUUCUCUCUCAACAGUUUUCAGGCGAAUGUGGAGAGGAAAUGAAGGUGCAGUAUGGGAAUUUCUGCGGUCAGCACAACGAGGCAGUGAAUUAUUACAAAGAGAUGUACCAGCAGAACAAGAAGUUCCAAAAUCUAAUCAAGAAAUUAAGUAAUUACGCUGUGGUGAGGCGGCUUGGAGUGCAGGAGUGCAUUUUACUGGUUACCCAACGUAUAACUAAGUACCCUGUCCUGGUGGAAAGGAUUAUUCAGAAUACUGAAGUUGGUUCAGAGGAUCAUGACGAAUUGACCAAGGCCUUGCUCCUGAUAAAGGACACAAUAUCUGAUGUGGAUGAGAAGGUAAGCGUAUGUGAGAAAGCUCGGCGUCUGAAGGAGAUUGCAAAUCGAAUGGAACCCAAGUCAAUAGCCAAGCUCAAGAAUGGUGAUGCCUUCCGCAAGGUAGACAUGCUGAGAUCGAAGAGGAGACUUCUGUAUGAAGGAGUGGUCUGUUGGAAGGCUGCAUCUGGACGGCUAAAAGAUAUUCUGGCCCUCGUUUUGACAGACGUGAUUCUGUUACUUCAGGAAAAGGAUCAGAAGUACUCAUUUGCUACAGUGGACCAGAAGCCAGCUGGCAUUUCAUUGCAAAAGCUCAUCGUCAGGGAAGUAGCCAAUGAAGAAAAAGGAAUGUUCCUCAUCAGUGCUUCUGAUGAAGGUCCUGAGAUGUACGAGAUUCACACCAGCUCCAAGGAGGAGCGUAAUACUUGGAUGGCAGUUAUCAGGGAUGCGAUAAACAGAUUCCCGAUAGAGGAGGCAGCCCUGAACGAAGAUCAGCAGCAGGAUGAGAAAAAAGCAGCUCAAAUCAAAGAGCUCCAACAACGUCUGAGUGGAAAGGACGAGGAACUGAAGCGCACCCUGAGUGAGAAGCUGGAAAUUUUUGGUGAAAUAGCUGAAAUCCAUGGGUAUACGGACGCAGGAAGACCACGUCUGCUGCUUCGAGCUGAUGCCCUGGAGUCUCAGCGAGAUUCCACGCUCAAUAACGCACUGAAAGAAGUCGAAAACCUUCAGAAUUUGAUUGCUGCUCAGCCCAUCAAUGUCAGCUGGCAAUUGGAUGACAGCUUAGGCUCCUCAGCAUUGCCACGGCGAGCAGAGACUUUCGGAGGCUAUGACAGCAGUUCUGCCAAUCCCAGUAAAGAUGGUUCCAUCAAAAGAAAGUCAAAUACACUCUCUUCCAGCAACGAGUUGAAGGUGAAGGAGAAAGCUGGAUCUCGGGCAAGUUCUGAACCACAGCUGCAGGACGUGUGCAGUGACAAUGAAAGUGGACGGGCGAGUGACCUACCCAGGUGGUACACCAUUAGUACCAGCAGUUUUCUGCAAGAUGCAGAGUUUGUACAGAGUGUGCAGACGCUGACAUCACAGCUGUACAAAUUGAAGGUUCUGAUUGCCCAGUAUGACAGCUACAUCGAGACGCAGCGGUACGCAGGUGCAAGUGGAGAGCGGGAUAGGCAAUCCCGUCUUCUGGCCUCACGUGGGAGCUUACUUCUGGAGCAGGAGAAGCAGCGGAACGUUGAGAAGCAGCGUGAGGAAUGGGCCAACGUCCAGAAGCUGCAGAACCAGGUGCGGCAGGAGCAGCAGAAAUGGGAGCGCGAUCGGGAGCGCCAGAAGCGUGAGCUGGAUAUUCAGGAGGCUCAGCUCCAGGACCGUGAGAAGUCCCUGCAGCAGCUGAUGGAACGGUUAGCUCAGGAUAAGGAAGAGUUGGAACGACACCGGCAGGAAUACCAGCAGGACCUGGAACGUCUCCGAGAGUCCCAGCGGACGGUGGAAAAGGACAGGGAGCGUCUGGAGCAGCGUCAGCGGAAGCAAUUGAAGCACAACACAGUCCUGUUUCCGACAGAAGCUGGACAGACCCCAGGCUUUCCUCACAUGGAUGGUGACCGGAUGGAAGUGAACCCCAUGCUGUUAAAUGAAGGAGGAAUGGCUCAACAAAGCCUGAAGUACCAGGGCCAGCAGAGUAUGGUGGUGGAACUUGGUGAGCGGCCUGCUGACACUCAGCUCCAAAGGGAAAACAGCACUGCCUCGAUGUUAGCGCGAACUGAGAAUAGAUCUUCCCUUAUCCCAAAGACAGAGGUACCCAUCCACCUUGUGAGCGCCACCAAUCAGAUUCUGAAACACACUGGCGUGCAGCAGAAAAUUCCCACCAAACUUGCCACCUUGAAAGGGGGCAAGGAGAAGAGUGGGAAAGGAAAGGAUCGACAGUCCUCUGUUUCAGGCACGGCCUCUUUCUCAACUCCACAUGGCACAGGGUCAAACACUCCAGUGAAGUUUCUCACCAAGGAUGACGGGACACUGAGAGGCAGGCGGUCAUCGAGCCCAGUGAUACCAAGCAGCCAAAGUUUCUCCCAGCAAGAAUCCUCAGUCCCUGUGGAUAUUCAGCACGAGCCGCAGCAAGCGUUAAGCACGUCGUUGACAAGUGGAAAUCCUCAGCCCCAGAGUGCACCAGUCGUGACAGUGACUCAACAGCCAGCACCACAGAGAGUGCAGGACGAAUCUGGCACGGAGAUCAUUUUCUUCUGAAACAGACUGACGGCAGAAGAAAAUCCAGUGUAGUCAUUGGCAGACUCAGCAAGCCCAGAAAAUCCCACAGUAACAAAUGGGGAGGGAGGGAGAGGGAGCUGGUUGGCACUGGUGAUGGAAACAGGGACUGUUUGAAACAUUGCCAGUAAUCUCCCAGGCAAGCGUACUUGAACUAUGCUUGAAACUGAGGGGGCCCAGUGUCUGACCAGAAGCUGAUCAUCUGGCACAUCCUUACCAGCAACAACUUGUCUUUACCUCUGUUAUUUCUGGGAGGGAGGGUCUUUUUUUAAAGAAAACCAUCAUGCCUAUGUUGCAAAUGUCUUUUGACCCGUUAUCAGGAGAUUCGGUCUGGAGGCUAUUGCCACUCAUGUUUGAAAGUGUGCGCAGUAAUUGAAGGCGUUUUUGCCAGUGCGAAUCAUGAUUGGACACUGAGCGAGAUGUGGAGGGAGCUGUGGGUGAUGAAUAUCUGGUGUAGUAACUGUGGACUGCUCACACUUCCCUUCCCCUCCCCUCCCCUUCACCGAAAUAGCCAAUGCAAUCGAUGCAACUUUUCCAGCAGUAGGAACUGCCGAACAGAAACCCCUUUACGUGUGUCAGGAAUUGGGAACAUCUUUAGGGCAGUGAUGCUUGUUUUUAAAUAAUUCCGUGACUUUUUUUUUUAAAAAAUGUGUUUUUAAUUCAUCCAGUAGGGGAAUGUGUUACACAGCAGUGAUAUGCAGUGCAUCUUGGCUGGAAAACAGUCUCCAGACCAAACUUAUGUACUAUCUCCUGAAUUUUUGAUGGAUGAUUAAGGUGCAAAGAGGGUUGAGGCAGAAGACAGCAAGAAGUUUUGGAUUUGGACAAAAACUUAACUGGGCAUUUUGAAAUGCUCUCACAGUUCUAUUAAAAUCUCUGGUCUUUUCUGUAAUGAUACACUCGCUUUUAUUGGUUAAUGGUAUUUGUGGGGGGGGGCCGGGGAGUGCAGUUAUAUUGAGCAAUUAUUUCAUAAUCUGACCUUUGUAGCCUGAACAAAGCUAGAUGAUGAGAUUCUUCAAAUUGGCCAAGUUUUUGCCAUGGAUCAAAGACAAUAUUGUGGAGAUUUAUUUGGUGGUUUUAUUCCAGUGUAGGGAGUGGAAAGGUUGACUCUAUUCUGGAUCACAAUUCUAUAGACUGACUUAGGUGGAGUAUAUUUUAAGUUCUUAUUUCAUUAUGUUAAAGCUUUGUCAAACCACCAACAAUGUCCAAACCCCAGAAAUGAUUGAUUUUCUUUUUCUUUUAUUAUUGUUUGGAUUUCUCUCACUUCAUUUUGAGGUUGCAAUGUUGACAUGAGUCACUCAUUGGCUUUUGUGAUAGAGAUCAGAAGCUGUGACAGAAACAACAGGUCCUGUUCAGCCCUUGGGUGUGAAGGUUUUGACAUGAGAUAAUGGCGAAGUGUAUCAGCAACAGGAAAUGCUUUUGCCUUUAUUGCUGGGGUCUGAAGCCAAAAGGUUUAUGAAGCAUGGGAACAUGAGGUGGUCACCAUGGUGACUCUCCAGAUCAGGCUCUGAACAAGUCAUUAACAGUUGACUGUUUUCCACCAGGACAAUGAGAUUUGUAAAGUGAGCAGUGAUUUUGGUUUGAGUUUGCAGCUUCUCACUUGCCAAAAUUAUCCUUCCCCCAGAAGCAGGAAGUCUCUUUUUGACUGUCAUAAUGGAAAAGAAGUCAAGGGGCAAAGAAAGAAUGAUCGGAGGUAUUGCAGAAAUGAAAAGUAAGCAGCACAGAUAGUAAAAACAAUGGCUCAGGAACCCAAACCAAUUCAGUCCUCUUGUUCAGUUUUCAUGUGCAGUGUUGUUAUGUGGGAAUAGCAUAGUUAAACAUUUUUGGGUAAAGGUCAUUUAGCCCACUAAACUUUAUCUUUCAGAACUGUGCGCAUUCUGGGCUGUCUGUGUAGUUUACAGAUUCCUUUUUGUUCUGUCGCUGGUCCUUCCUGUCCUGAAUCCCUUCUCUCUUCCUGUGGUUAUGGUAUCACCAGCACCUCCAGUAAAGUAGCCAUUCUCCAUGUGAAGCCCAAAUUGAGUGUGGCAGGAGACUUGUCGUGCUAUAGAUCCUGUCUUCAGUCCUCGUACUGUCCAACAGAGGUCACUAGAGGAGGAAAACUUUCUUUAAUCCUUUUAAAAUUAAGGAACACCAAGGUAACUUUGUAAUGCCCUCUUUUCCUGACUGGCUCAGUCUCCAUACAAACCUGACAAUUACAUCUUGCUUUCGCUGAACAGUCUAGCUUACACAAUAGGACCUCUUUAGCAGAGUCUAUUCAGCAGAGGAUACAAAAGGGUUUUGUUUAAUGGUGUCAAAUGCCAAUGAAUGCAAAUUAAAGGGCACAAACCAAAUUUACUGAAGUUAACUUCUUGUUUGUACAUGUAUUUUUAAUAGAUGUACCUUGUACAAAUGUACACCUUCCUUUUAACACAAGUAGAACAGCCUGUUCACACUCACCCCAAGAUAUGGGGAGUGUAUUAGGAACAAUGCACUUUACCAGUUUAUUCCUGUGAGAUUUAAGGGACUUUUGUUGGUUGUAUUGAUAUUAACCAGUGAAGGACUAUUGAAGUCAGCAAGCCAAGGCUAUUUUAAGGUUGUUUCCUCUGUGAGAAAAUUAUGCAAAAGGAAGUACUGAGUAUUUCUCAAAUCAGUGCUGAAUUGUUGAUUAAGGUUUGCGGGUGCUUUAGAAGGAAAUAACUUCUACUUCCAUGUAUUUAAUGCAACAAACCAAACAAGCCUGCAUUGAUCCUGAAGGGUCUAGAUUGCAACAUAGUUGUUAUCAGGACAGGUUCAAACCCUUGAGCUGGAGCUUCAGAGUGGGUGAUGUAAACUACUAAAUCUACUUUAAAGUUCUUGUGCAGAAUGUAUGCUUGAGGUGUUCAUACUGACAGCAGGAAAGCACCUUCCAGCUUCUGCUAAAAGGAGCAUGAAGAUGUUGAAAUUUGCUGGCAAAGUGAGCCUGACGGAGUGACAGGAUCCAAUGGGUAUAUGUUGGAUUUAAUUUGAUGUCUCCCUCCCCGUAUCCCCACUCCUUGGUGUCUCCUCCUCUCUUACCCACCCUACCCCUUGAUCCCUCGAUCUUAAAACUCAACUCACGGUCAUAUCAAUGAGCUAAAACUUUUAAUUUGGGGAGAGUUUGAGACCACAUAACCGCUUAUUCUCAAAUUGGUUUGGGUUAUUCCUGAUCUAGUCUGAUCUCAAAGUUAUUGUAGACAGGUCAAACCACUUUUCAAGAUAUUGAGAAGAGAGUUAACCACUAUAAAUACCUUUAAACUUUUCACUUUUGAGUGGGGUCUUCCGAUUUGCACUGGAACAUAAUUUCUUUGUCCAAUUUGUUGAAAGCUGGUUAUUCUGUACGAAACAUGUAGUAGUUAACUAUUUUUAAGGUCAUGGAGCACUUUAAUGCACUCUGUCUAAAUUGUUAUAUACUUGGUGACUGAGGAUUAAGAAAUGGAAAUCAUGAAAAAGGCACCUCAAACAUUCCGCUAAUGGAUGCAGUCAUGUGACUAUCAUCCGUUCACUGGAACACCUCUGUAUUAAUGGAUCUUUGCAAUACUUAUUAUUACCUGCAAGGCUGAGGGUUCAAUCUUGUUUAGUGUUUCAUGUCUUGUCUCUAGGGAAUCGAGUCUCCAUUCUAAGACACAAAAAUUGGUGCCAAUUGAACCUUGCAAAAGAUUUAGUGACUGUGCUUCUCACUGAAAUUGAGGGAAAAGAUGCAUUAGGUGGAUUGGGAGGGACGGUGGUGGGAUGGAUAGCAUCCUGUAGCAGGAGUAUGUAGGGAAAGGGAGUGAGAUUGCAGGUUGAGUUUCAAUGAAAUUUGUCUCUGUUCUGAAAUCCUUUUGAGCACCCUUACUGCUACAUGCCAUGAGAUCUUGGAGUGAAUCACACUUAGGGUUUAACUAACAUCUAGAUGCAGUGGUUAAACUGGGAGGCUGGUUUACUCACCUGAGAAAGCACGCUAUUUCCAGUCGAUUCCCUCGAUCAGAUUGCUCUGUCAGUACCUCAUUUUCCAGGGAGAAGUUCAAGUAGGAAUGUUACACAGUCCGAAUGAAUUCGAACAUGGCUUUCCUUGUAAACGUAACAGUAUUUUUUUUCUCUUUCAAAGAAAUGUAAAUUUGUCAAAAGAUAUAUUCAUUUGUUUUUAUCCCUCUCGACUGCACAUCUUUUAAAUCAAAAUCUGCUUUUGUGGCAGAAGAUCUAAUUCUUUAGAGUUGCCAGCAUAAAAUUCAAUUGUCUCGGUCCUCAAACCAAUGAGCCCCAUAUUCCGAGCCACUCAGAUAAGAUUCUAUGUCCGUGUCUUGCCUGGUCAGCUGUGCAAUGUAUAAGUUGCUUCAGCUAUGCCGGGGGUGGGUGAUGUGGUGGGAACUAGAGUUGUCACCCCUGACCACCUGAGUGACUUCCAUUGAAAACCAGAGGCAGCUUGGGGCCUAAUGCCCAGGCAACCGUCACUCUUUAAUCUGCUCCUCAAGUAUUGUUCCAGAAUGUUAAUGGAAUCCUAUCCUCCUAGGAGCCAGGGCAGGCAGUGAGGGGAAAAACACAACCUUUCAUAUGUAAAUGGCAGAGUAGAAUCUGGGAUAUCUCUAAAAGGACCAUGCAGAAAGUAUGAGACACCUUGAUAUCCUUGCAGUGCUUCAAAUAGAGAAAUAUUUCCAGCCUUCCAACCGAACCAACCAGCAAACUGACAGUAACUGGUCAUCUGGUCAGCCCAUCUGUACUGUGCUCUGUGUUAAUGCUAAAGCUGAGGAUGGCAAAUAGUUGUGUUAUCAGAGUUGAGUCAGUGUGACUUUAAGCCCUCUGUGCUUCCUGAUCACAAUGUGCAAGACAGGGAUUUUCCUGUUGUCUCUUGGUUUCUGGGGCUAGGGGGCAUGUGGAAGAAGGGCUCCUGCUGGUAUUGACCAGAAACGCCUGUUGAAAAUGUGUGCUAUUGAACAGUGCCCUUCAGUGACUGACCAGCCUGCUGGAGCGGUCUUAUCUUGAGCUUAUGCAUGGAGAAAGCUCACUUGGGAGAGACGUGACUAGGGUCUAGCUGGGUAUCCAGCUGUGAGACCACACAUUAGCGUCUUCAAAAUGUUGAGAGAAAACUGACCGUGUGCGAGCUAUCUUUUGUAAUGUCCACAAUGUUCCUCCUCAUCCUGUGUAGCUGCCCCUACCACCACCCUUAAUACAGUUAAAGACUCAGGUCCUGGACUGCUGUUUAUAGUGUAAAAUCAUCAGAUUCUGUUUAGACUACAGCAUUUAAUGAAAAGUUUAGGGGGGAGGGGUUGGGGGGUUGAAGUAUUAUUGAUUUUGAUUAAUCAUGUUAGACUGUAUAGAUUGUACAUAGUUUCACAUCUAUCCUGUCACUGACUGCCAGUAACUGUUGACAGGACCGUGUAGUUAAUUUUGUUACAUGUUGUAAAAUUUAAAUGGGGAAAGAAAUUGUUGAUAUUCUCAGAAUUGUGCACCUCUAAUGUCUUAUAAAGAAUUGUAAACAAGAUUGUAGCAUGUCGAACAAUUUGUUUUUAUGAUGGAUUAUUAUUCUUGGCAAAAUUAAAGAGCUGCCUAGAAUGGACCUGAUAC